CUGGCCCUCCAAGGGCUAAGGCCGUGAUUCUGGAGCGGCUGGGCGUCCAGGGCCUCGGUGGGGGUGGCGUGUCUGCCCUUUUUAUCUCUCCGCAAGACCCCCAGUCUUGUAGGGAAGCCAGUCAGUGAAGCGCGGAGGUCCCGGCGCGCCGAGAGGGAGUCCAGUCUUUGAGGACCGAGUAGUCCCGGGCCACCUCCGGCCUCUGCUGUCAGAAGCAGCAGCUGCAGCCGUGGACUCCAAGAUUUCGGGAGCUGUGUCCCUUUUCUCAUGUAAAACAAGUAGACUUGGACUGUGUUUACUAAGGCGCCCUUUAUCCCUCCCAUCCUGUGAGCGGACAGUUGCCUUCAACUUUUGGGGAGAGCUGCCGGUUCGGUGGAAAAGCUGUGGCUGGGAAUCAGGAGGCCUGUGUUCUAGCCGUGGCUCCCCCACGAACUCGCUGGCGACUCCAGAAAGCUCUUAUUGAGGCUGAAUUUAAGAUUAUUUCCGAUUACACUGUUGAAUUAGGGGCUCCAUUAGGGCCUUUUUCGCUCAGUAAGUUUAUCUGAGCCCGUUUCUCCAACUAUAAAACGAGAGCGUUCAGUUUGAUGACUUUUCAGGUCCCGUCAGAAGCUCUUGACUUUAUGGUUUUCUUUUUCUUUUUAAAAUUUUAUCUAGGACCGUUAGAGAAGUGACUUCGUGUUUUGAAUAGUUAGGCUGUCACAUACAAAGACUUUUAAAUGGAUUGUGUGUGUAUUUAGGAAAGUAUUAUGCUUUGGAGACAGUUUAGCAUUGCUGCUUUCAAGGGAAUCUGAGGAUGGGGAAUAAACUCAGGAAGGAUCGCAAGUGAGGAUUAUAUUAAUAUGUUAGGUAUCAGGAUAAGAGACUGCAUGACCGAAGGAAAAGGGCUAAGGGAAAGAUGAAGGAAAUGUUUCCGGAUAGGAUUAAUUCUCAUAAAAAUCAUGUCUAUAUCCCAAGAAGAGCUGGGACUUAUGUGACUCAAUUUAGCUUAUUUUUUUCCUCCCGAAAUACUGUGCUCUGUCUUUUGUGACCUUUGUUUCACACAUUUGGAUUCUCCACCCCAAUCAAAUUUGAUUCAGAGUGGCCGUCGCCUUUGAAAAAUGGACAGACAUUUUAACCGCUUCAAGGUUACUGACUUUCUAUGAUGUUUGGUGGCUAUGAGACUAUAGAAGCAUACGAAGAUGAUCUUUAUCGAGAUGAGUCAUCUAGUGAACUGAGUGUUGAUAGUGAGGUGGAAUUUCAACUCUAUAGCAAAAUUCAUUAUGCCCAGGAUCUUGAUGAUGUCAUCAGGGAGGAAGAACAUGAAAAAAAGAACUCUGGGAAUUCGGAAUCUUCGAGUAGUAAACCAAAUCAGAAGAAACGAAUCGUCCUUUCAGAUAAUGAGGUCAUCCAACUGUCAGAUGAGUCAGAGGUCAUCACUUUGUCUGAUGAAGACAGUAUUUAUAGAUAUAAAGGAAGGAAUGUUAGAGUUCAAGCACAAGAAAAUGCCUUUGGUCCUUCUGCUUCCCUUCAGUCUAAUGAGCUGGUUGAUAAGAAAUGCAAGAGUGAUAUUGAGAAGCCUAAACAUGAAGAGAGAUCAGAUGUAAUCCGAGAGGUCAUGAUUAUAGAGAUCAGUUCAAGUGAAGAGGAAGAAAGCACCAUUUCAGAAGGCGAUAAUGUGGAAAGCUGGAUGCUACUGGGAUGUGAAGUAGAUGAUAAAGAUGAUGAUAUCCUCCUCAACCUUGUGGGAUGUGAAAACUCUGUUACUGAAGGAGAAGAUGGUAUAAACUGGUUCAUCAGUGACAAAGACAUUGAGGCCCAGAUAGCUAAUAACCGAACACCUGGAAGAUGGACCCAGCGAUACUAUUCAGCCAACAAAAACAUUAUCUGUAGAAAUUGUGACAAACGUGGCCAUUUAUCAAAGAACUGCCCCUUACCACGAAAAGUUCGUCGCUGCUUCCUAUGCUCCAGGAGCGGACACCUCCUGUAUUCCUGUCCAGCCCCGCUUUGUGAAUACUGUCCUGUGCCUAAGAUGUUGGACCACUCAUGUCUUUUCAGACAUUCCUGGGAUAAACAAUGUGACCGAUGUCAUAUGCUCGGCCACUAUACAGAUGCUUGCACAGAAAUCUGGAGGCAGUAUCACCUAACGACCAAACCUGGACCACCCAAAAAACCGAAGACCCCUUCAAGACCAUCAGCCUUAGCAUAUUGCUAUCACUGCGCGCAAAAAGGCCAUUAUGGACACGAAUGUCCAGAAAGAGAAGUGUAUGACCCGUCUCCAGUAUCUCCAUUCAUCUGCUACUAUGAUGACAAAUACGAAAUUCAGGAGAGAGAGAAGAGACUGAAACAAAAAAUAAAAGUACUCAAGAAAAAUGGGGUUAUCCCAGAGCCAUCCAAGCUACCUUAUCUAAAAGCAGCAAAUGAGAACCCCCACCAUGAUAUAAGGAAGGGCCGUGCCUCAUGGAAAAGCAACAGGUGGCCUCAAGAAAAUAAAGAAACACAAAAAGAGAUGAAGAACAAGAAUAGAAACUGGGAGAAGCACAGGAGGGCUGACAGACAUCGUGAAGUGGAUGAGGAUUUUCCCAGGGGUCCCAAACCCUACUCUUCUACUGGCAGUUUUAAAACCCAGAAGCCUUCUAAGCUCUUUCACCGUUCAUCGCAUUACCAUAUGUCAAGAGAAGACAAGUCUCCCAAGGAGGGCAAGAGGGGCAAGCAGAAGAAAAAGGAGAGGUGCUUGGAAGAUGAUGACAAUGAUAACUUAUUUCUUAUUAAGCAGAGGAAAAAAAAGUCUUAAGCUGUCAGGCAGCCUCUGAUGUGGCUUUUCAUUGUUCAUUUGGCCUUUGUGUCUAUAACCUUCUGGCAUUGUGUUUAUUAUCUAUGAUUAAAUAAAGUGAGUUUUUGGUUUUGUUUUUUUAAUUUCAGCCAUUCCUAGAGUUACUGAACAUCCAUGGAGAUCUCAAUUCUCUGUGUCCAACAGGGUAUUAGGUAAGAAAGUACAAAGAUAAACCUGGACUUACCCUCUUCCAGUAUGUCAUCUUUACUCAGAAUCCUAGGAAUAGGUAGAAGAAUUCAUCUUUUCAAGAAAGCUUUUUAAAAAUACUUUGGAAAAAAAAGAACUGCAUCAAAGGUAAUUCAUCCUGAACAUGAGUAUGAAAUUAAAUCCUUGCAGGAAGAGAAAUUAACACUAAGAAAAAGUCAUCAACAUUUUUCAACUUUUUUUUUUUUUUUUUUACAUUGGAAAGGACAAUAACUAUAAAUCUAUAUCCAGAUUUUCUUGCUGCUGAAGCUGUUGUCAGAAUCUUCCUUUGGACAAAACAUCACUAGCUGACUAUAAAAACAAAAGUGUCAUCAUUGAAGCCCUGAAGAGGCAGGGAAUUGAGCUUCAGCAAAAUACAGGUAAAGAAUCUAUCCAAUAUAAAUGUCAGAAGACAAAUUUCCUAAACAAGUGAAAGAGACAUCAAAAAUUUAACAUAAUCACAAAUCAUUUUUUACCACUUUUAUGGUGGUGUUUCAAGCGGACUGUCACUCAGAUCUGUAGAGAUGAAUAUUACUCAAAAAAUUGUUUUGUUCUCUUGCAUUUUUUUGAACUACCGCAAAGGUAUACAGAUUUUUUUGUACUUGUGGAUCUUUUGUACUUCUCAUAGCCUAAUGUCAGAAUAAGAAAAAUAAAAUAUCUGAAAG